UUGGUUACAAUUACUUGUUGGGUAUUUGCUAAAGUGAAUAAUAAUUAAUAAUUAAUUAAUAAGUAAUAGUUAAUAAUAAUUAAAGAUAACGAUGCAGGCAUGAUGCAGUUUUACAUGUGCCUUCUUUGAAAUAGCUGAAGUAGUUCGAGAGUUUUAAAAUCUUGCAUGAUGGAUAAGGACAAGACUACAUCGACGAACCUGCUCAGCCAGGGAGUGACCCUGGAUGAUUUUUGGAUGUUAAGCAAGAAACCGUACCUGACAAAGGACGGCGUAUAUAAGAAGCCUGAGCAUGGCGAAAACGACGCACUGGCACCUCAGAACCUGAAGCUUUAUCCUACGGAGGAGGACGAAGAGAGACGACAGCCGCCGCGGCUAGUUAUUUUGAAGAGCGAAGUAGAUCGUUUCAUCGACAGCUUCUAUCCGCACUCGGAACUUCAGAAGAACGAAACUAGAGCGUUAGUAGAUUUGUUCUUCGAACACGCUAAAAAGCCUAAGGGAUACAUGACGAAGACGCAAUUCAAGCGCUUUAUUUUUGGGACUCUGGACAUGUAUGACGCAUUUCUUUGUGAACGCAUGUUCAUUAUUUUUGACAAAAAUAAGGAUGAGUUAAUCGACUAUCAGGAGUGGACUCAUGGAAUGCACACGAUUUUAGUGGGAUCCAUUCACGAACAAAUGAAAUAUUGCUUUUUGGCGUACGAUCUGCGCGGAAAAGGUCAGCUGGAAUCUGAAGACAUUAAGUUUUGGAUCAAGCGGAGCUAUUAUAACCUGAACCCGAUGACUGACAGCCAAAAAGCCGAAUUUUACGAGGACAUUUAUCGUUUAAUCAUGAAUCGCAUUGCCCACCAGAAGGAUGACUACAUAACCUUCAAAAAGUACCGCACAGCUGUCUGUGAUAAUCCGUCACUGAUGCAGCUAAUCGGGGCGGUUCUACCCGAUCCAGAGAUUGUCUGGAAAGUCAACGAUAUGCUCUUUCCGCGUUUCUUCCGCUCGCAGCAUCUAAUGCUGUUUCCACGUGGUGAUGUGCCUACCGACCGCGGAAUCAAGUAUGACCCCAGCCGUCUAAUGAAACGCUUCCCACAGCCGGAAGUCUGUUAUCCACCCAAUUUUAUUAAAGGCCCCGAUGGGAAGCCGGUGCCACGAGGAAAAUUUCCAUACGCCAAGGAAGAAUAUCUGCAAACGUCAGGGAAAGAUGCAAAGGAUCCAAAAGCACCAGCAAAGGAGAAUAAGCCAGAAGUAGCGGCAAAGCCACCGGAAAAGGCCGACGGUGGAAAAGGCACUCCGAAAGAUGAGAAAAAGAAAUGAAUAAAAACAAGCAAUUAGGCUAUGUUUCUUGAUUAUCACAGCCAUUAUUGCGAACUAUAAGAACAGCUAUGAUCUUUUAGGAAAUUUUCCGAUGUCUGUUAACUGUUAAAUAAAGAAACUCGCAAGAAAAUAUACGAAUAAUACCGUUGUUUCUCUGUUUGAGCAUUCAGUGCAAGGUACUGUAUCGUUCCAAUGCAAUAAAAGUAAAAACUGUU